AUGAUCAAUGUGGAGGGCUUCCACUAUCUACAAGGACACGGUGGUCUGAUGAUGGACCCAAACACUCCUGGCUCGUCUAAAAAUGGAAAUGGAGGAAAAAAAUCUCCCAGGAAGGAGGAACGUAAAAAGUUCCUUAAAAAAGGUACUGGCAAACUGGCGUACAAAGCCAGUGGAGCUGUAAGACCAUCUGCUCCACCCAUAAGUUUCGAGCCACACAGGACAGCUGACAGACCUGUGGAGGAGCUUCCACCAGUAAUGGAAGGUCCUUCCUUGAAAGCUAUUUUCCAUUAUCAGGAAGACUCCCAACCUGGCCCCUCAAAUAUGCCAGCAUCUCCCGAAUUUAGACCACCCACACCCGAACCAAGACCAUCGCCACACGCCAUUGACUCCCCACCCCAGGAACCCUCUGCAAGCUGGGCUACCAUUGCUUCCUUGCGAGAGAGAGCAGUUGAAGUGGCUGCAACGAGGAGCCCCCAACAUAUCCCAACCACUCCUUCUCGCAAACGGAGAAGCGAGUUCGGAGAAACAAAUCAGCCAGCUAAAAGAAUGGCUGGAGAACUAAAUGGAAACCAGCCAUCAACAAGUCGCAUUGAUGAUGUUUCAAUGAUCGAACCUACUCCACCGCCACAACCUACUCCAUCGCCACAACCUACUCCACCGCCACAACCUACUCCACCGCCACAACCUACUCCACCGCCACAACCUACUCCACCGCCACAACCUACUCCACCGCCACAACCUACUCCACCAACCGCACAACCUAGUCCUAGACCACGACCAGCAAGAGCUCCACGAAGGAGAGUUCGACAAUUUCCACUUGUUCCAACUGCAACAUAUGAUGGACCGCCCAAUAACGAUGCGGCGAUCGAAGAAAGGAUCCAGGAACGUCUCCGGCGUUUGGCGGCCAAGGACCGCCUCGACGACCUCUUCGAGAGGAUCCGAGACGCCAACCCGGAGGUAAGAGUCACCAGGGCUUUAUUCGAUAGAAGAAUCAAGGACCUGGUAGGCGAUCAGAGCCGUGCCGAGCUCGGCAUCAAUUUAGAUGCAAUUCCGGCAGCGGAUUCCCCCGAAGAGUAUUUGGUGCUCUGCCGAUAUGCCUUGGCCCGUGAUGUGGCUCUCUGUGCAAAACGGAGGCAAAUCGCGGACCGGGACAUAUCGGUAGCCAUCGAACACCUUUGGGUGGCUUAG